AUGUCGUUAUUAUCCAGUCCCCUAACGCUGCGGUGCGGCCUGGAACUUCCCAACAGGCUCACAAAGGCGGCAAUGGCAGAGAUCAUGGCACCUAAGCAAAAUCCAGAUGAUAAAUUCCCACGGGCAUACUCGGAAUGGGCUGAUGGGGGCUGGGGUUUCAUUAUCACAGGCAAUGUCCAGGUAUCCCAAACGUAUCUUGGCUCACCCAAAGACGUCGCCAUCCCCCUCCCAAAUGCAGGCACCCCGGCCCUCCAGGAGGCUUGGCGCAAUUGGGCCACAACAAUCCAACGAAGCGGAACGCCAGCUCUCGUUCAGCUCUGCCACCCCGGCCGCCAAUCCCCCCAAGGCGCUGGGAAGCGCUCUAUCCUAACCAAGAAUCUCGCUCCCUCCGCUGUUGCCCUAAAUUUGGGAUCCAGCUUCAUUCCUCGCGUUGCUACCUCCGUGAUGUUCGGGACGCCCCGUGAAAUGACGCGUGCCGAGGUCACCGAGGCUAUCCAACAGUUCAUCGCCGGCGCCAAGCAAGCCCACCUUGCGGGCUUCAAGGGCAUUGAGUUACACGGCGCGCACGGCUACCUGAUCGCUCAGUUCCUGUCGCCCAAGACGAACCUGCGCACCGACGAGUUCGGUGGGACCCCCGCUAAGCGCGCUGAGAUGGUCCUGCGCAUCAUAAAGGGCAUCCGUGCGGCCACAAGCCCGCAGUUCUGCGUCGGCAUCAAGAUGAACAGCGUCGAUGUCAGCGAGCAGGGUGACGGCGGUCUCCAGGCUUGCCUUGAACAGAUGGGCCUCAUCAUUAACGCGGGCGUCGACUUCAUCGAGAUCAGUGGCGGCUCAUACGAGGACCCUUCCAUGUUUCAGGCGGACCGAACCGCACCGGUUAUCGGAUCCACGGCCGCGCCCGCGGCCCCGGCACGCAUACCAAAGGCAAGCACAAGAGCGCGAGAGGCGUUCUUCCUCGACUUCGCCAAGACGGUGCGGGAAUACUACCCUAAGAUCCCCCUUAUGGUGACGGGCGGCUUUCGCAGCCGUGUCGGUAUGGAAGCGGCGCUCGAGAGCGGCGCAUGCGACAUCAUCGGAAUCGGGCGCCCUGCGGCGGUGGUGCCGAAGUUGCCGAAACUUGUCCUACUCAACAAGGAGGUCGUUGAUGCGGAUGCAACGAUCCGGCUCAAGCACGUGGAGAUGGGCUGGCUGAUGAGGAAGGUGCCGAUCAAGUCGCUGGGGGCUGGAGCCGAAGGCGCGUACUAUGGAGGGCAGAUUGGACGGAUGGGAAAGGGGCUGCAGCCGAUUGAUACGAGGGUUUAG